AUGUCUACCGCCGAGCUCGCUGUUUCCUACGCGGCCUUGAUCCUCGCCGACGACGGCGUCGAGAUCACCGCCGACAAGCUCAACACUCUCAUCAAGACCGCCAACGUCCCUGAAGUUGAGCCUAUCUGGGCCCAGCUCUUCGCUCGCGCUCUCGAGGGCAAGGAUAUCAAGGACCUCUUGACCAACGUCGGUUCCGGCGGCGGUGCUGCCGCUGCCCCCGCUGCUGGUGGUGCUGCUGCCGCCGGUGGUGAGGCCGCUGCUGAGAAGGAGGAGGAGAAGGAAGAGGAGAAGGAAGAGUCCGACGAGGACAUGGGAUUCGGUCUUUUCGACUAA